AUGGCGCACCAAACUCCCUGGCCCAUCUGCUCCACCUGUCGUACAAUCCCCCAUAACAUCUUCACAGUGCCCGCUAGCUCAGAUCUGACCCAGUUCAAACUAUGGGACUCUUUCACGCGCUUCGCAGAGUCCGCCGCGCGAGGCUGCCACACUUGCACGCUCUUGUACGAAGCGGUGCAUGAGCCGUACAAGUCGCGGCUGAAGAAUGCAGAGGUGUACCUGGAAUCGUUGUCGACGGGCGACAACGUGAAACGUGAGGUCGUUGUGACAGCGAACUCAACUUUGCUGGAACCGUGUGCCGGGAGGGAGGAGGAAGCGUUGUUGAAGGGAGGAAAUCUAUCUGCAGGCACGAGCUUUACCCCGAUCGCACACUUGAAGUUCGCCCUGAAUCACAACGAGAUCGAGGCUAGCACGAAGUACUACCAAGACAUGAUCAGCCUUUACGCCGAAGACGAUGGAGCGCAGAGGUACAUCCGACAAUCCCUGGACAAAUGCCUCGCCGAGCACCACGAGUCUUGCAAUCGGAGCAUCUUUCCAUUGUCGGCUCAAGCAACGCAGCGACCAACCCACACGAACAUUGUAUACGGCAACGAUGGCGUAGCCGUGGCGCCCACCAGGCUUGUGUACGUCGGGUCAGAUGCCGUCAACGACCCGCCUCGAAUCGUCCCGGGUGAGGAAUGUCUGUACAAGGGCGGACACCUGAUUUUGAGCUACUGCUGGGGCAUGACGCCGAAGGAUGCACCGUGGCAGCUGACGAGCAAUACCAUGGAAUCCUUCGCGGUGGAGAUACCAUUGAAUGUACUGCCGCAGACACUGCACGAUGCCUUCAUGUGGACGCGGAGGCUGGGAGAGGCAUAUAUCUGGAUCGACAGCAUGUGCAUCGUACAAGACUCGAAGGAGGACUGGGAGCGCGAGGCAUCCCGCAUGGCAUCCAUCUACGGCUGCGCGAAAAUGACACUGGUCGCGGCGUCGAGCUCAGCGUAUGGUGGUAUGACGGACCGUCGCAACCCCCUCCGGAACAGCGCAGCUACCCUGCCAUGUUCCGAAGGGACAGUAUACAUCCUCCCCAACGGCCAGAAACGCUCCACACCCUUGCCCCCGCCAACAGAGUCCCGCGGCUGGUGCUACCAGGAGAACCUCCUCUCGUCCCGCCUCGUCCGUUUCACCCGCACCUCCGUCCAGUAUCAAUGCUCUGGCGACAACGCAAGACCGCCUGUCCGUGCACAAGGACUAGAGCGACUGACGGACCAUCCGCCGUUUCGGUGGUACAUCCUCUGGUACCGCCUCAUCGAGCGCUACACGAACAUGCACCUGACAUACCCGGCGGACAAGCUGCGGGCGUUCCAUGGUAUUGCUAUGGACAAGGCGGGCGGACACUACAAUGCUGGGUUCUUGGGUGCGGACCCGUGGGCUAGUUUGCUUUGGUGUCGGGAUGAGCAUCAGAUCCGCAUGCGGCCGGGGAGAAGAUAUGAGGAGUACGUUGCUCCUUCCUGGUCGUGGGCGGCGGUCGACGCGCCGGUGCUGUUCUAUGAAGCGAACGGGCGGUCGACGCGGGAGAAGCAGCUGGAGCCCGUGCCGUGGGAUCCGGUGCUGCUAUCAGCGUCGGUGAAGCAGGCUUCGUACUUUGACACCGGCGCUGUCAAGAGCGGGAGCGUGCAGCUCUCAGCCUUCUGCGCCCUUGCGCGGACUGCGACCAACGAGCCCUACCUCUUCAACACGAAGCUUGGCCGUCAUACCUACGGACGGCGGAACCUGCGCGACUGCUCGACUGGGCGGGUAAUUGGGUUGAUGGUGUUUGACGUUGCGAGCGAGGCUGCAGAUGCGAUUGUUUUACUGUGCGUGCUUCUGCAUGCGGUCAAUGUGGAGCUGUGGUUGAAGAACGGGACGGCGGGGUUGGGCGUUGCUUUGAGGCUGCGUGGAUUUGAGAAGGGGCGUGUUCUGUAUGAAAGGGCGGGGUAUGUGCAGUGCACGGCGGCAUUUGCGGAGUCGGGCUGGAGAGGGCGGGUUGAGGUCGUGUAG